UGAUUUGUUUUCUGAGCCUUUGUGUUCGUGUCAGUAGUGGUGGGUUUUCGGUUACCUUGACUACCUCAUCACUGGCCAUCACGCCUGUAAGCCUUGCAGUGAAGAUGCAGCAUCAUCCAGGUUCGUGGUACAUUCCAUGGGGCGUCCCAGGAAUGGGGUUGCAAAAGAUGCUGGCCGUGCCGUUCAAUCCAGCGACGGCCGGUUUCCACCAGCCACAGAUAGCGGCAGCAGCCGUACAGCCUCCGACCGUACAGCAGGUGCAGAACCCACAGGUACAGCAGGCUGCCGCCACCCAGCAGGCCGCAUAUCAGCAUCCGCUGCAUCAUCCGGCCGCUGCGCUGCAUAACACGGCCGCCGUAGCCGCCGCAGCUGCAAUGCAUCAGCAUCAGCACCAGCACCAACAUCAGCACCAACAUCCGCAUCAACAUCAGCAUCAGCCGCUGCAUCCGGCGGCUGCAGCGGCCAUGUUCACACCGCUGACGCUGCGAAGCUUCGUCACACAUCCGCAUCUGAAUCUGGGCCAGCAACCGAUGGCUACCGCCCAGCAACCUCAGCAGCCGCAACUCGCAGCGAACCAAACCCAGUCGCAGCUAACCACCAUCAAUCUGAACAGCGUUGGUGUCGUUCCAGUGCGCCAGAAGACGGCCCCGGUCAGCGUCCCGUCGAACACACUUAUCAUGCCGAUGAGAAAGAUUAUCAUGACGGAAAAGGAAAAAACGAAACUGGUCUCAACCGAGAAGCGAAAAGCGGACGAAAGCGAACCGGUCAAGGAUUUGAAAAAGGCUAAGCUGGAAACAAAGGCUCUAAAGGCAAAACGACCCGGUUUCACUGAUGAACGGUACCAUGAAACAUCGUACUAUAUUGAAAAUGGCCUGCGAAAGGUUUAUCCCUACUAUUUCACUUUCACAACGUUUACCAAAGGCCGCUGGGUUGGUGAAAAAAUUCUAGACGUGUUUGCCAGAGAGUUUCGAGCACAUCCAGCAGAGGAGUACGAACGAUGCAUUAAGGCAGGUACUCUAACCGUGAACUACGAAAAAGUGCCAACUGACUAUAGGUUAAAACAUAACGAUCUCCUAGCGAACAUCGUACACAGACACGAGACACCCGUGCUAGAUCAUUCAAUAAAAAUAAUCUAUGUCGAUAAUGAUCUCGUAGUGCUGGACAAACCAUGUUCGCUGCCGGUACAUCCCUGUGGACGCUACCGUCACAAUACGGUCGUUUUCAUCCUGGCGAAGGAAUAUAAUUUGAAAAAUCUCCGCACCAUCCAUCGGUUGGACCGGCUCACCUCCGGACUGCUGUUGUUUGGGCGCAGUCCCAAGAAGGCCCGCCAAAUGGAGCACCAGAUUCGGAACCGCCAGGUGCAGAAGGAGUACAUCUGCCGGGUGGAAGGCGAAUUUCCUGAUGGCAUUAUCGAAUGCAAGGAGCCCAUCGAGGUAGUCAGCUACAAGAUCGGUGUGUGCAAGGUUUCUCCCAAGGGGAAGGAAUGUACGACCACAUUCCAGAAGCUCGGUUUCAACGGCAGCAGCAGUGUCGUCCUGUGCAAACCCCUCACCGGUCGGAUGCACCAGAUUAGGGUGCAUCUGCAAUAUCUUGGAUAUCCGGUAGUGAACGAUCCUCUGUACAACCACGAUGUGUUCGGUCCGGCCAAGGGCCGUGGUGGCGAUAUUGGUGGCAAAAGUGACGAGCAGCUGGUGAAGGAUCUGAUCAAUAUUCACAAUGCAGAAAAUUGGCUUGGCAUCGAUGGUGACUCCGAACUGUCAAUGUUUAAACCGAUGAAAAACGAUCUGGACGAUGUGAAAGGACAAAUUCUAUCGGACGAUGACUCGGAAAGUGUUUCCCGUGAGGCAUCGCCCUGCUCGGAAAGUCCACGACCCGUAUCGCUCGGCAGCGAAAGCCCCCACGAGAAUAUGUGCGCCUCGAUGCUAGUCCCUAAUACACUGAGCGCGGUUAGUAGCACCGGUAUUGGCACGAACGCUAGUACCGGCAACAGCAACAGUGCCGUCAACACAAUGGGAACUAACACCAUUUUGUGCAGCCGGAUGCAGUCCCAAAAGGUUACCGUCGCCACCCAAACAGGACACGAAUCGCCCGACUUAGCCUUUAAUCCAGAUAAAAUGACAACCGACAAGCACUGCUACGAAUGCAAAGUACGCUACCGCGAUCCGAAGCCACAGGAUUUGGUCAUGUAUUUGCACGCUUGGAAGUACAAGGGUCCUGGUUGGGAGUAUGAAACGGAAUUACCGGAAUGGGCCAGGGUUGAUUGGCACGAUAAUGAGUUUGAGUAAAAAAAAAAACAAA